CUAUUUUGGUUCCCACUCCACGGACCCCUUAAUUACAUAAUCACCUCGAGCCGCGUCGAGGCAGAACCCCCAAAACAACGCCUCCGCUUCCUCCUUCUGCAGUCCUUUCUUCGGUCUGCGCUCGUCCUCAGACGGUCUCUUGUCUUUUGCGCGUCGGUAUCUGCUCCUUCUCCUUCCUAUCUUCACAUCAAACCCGACCCUACAGUGGCAUUCAAUCCACACGUCUUCUCUGCAGCUAUGCAGCAGCAGCAGACCGCUCAUCGCAGGCCAAUCCCUUCUCCCGACAACCCUCGUUUCAACUCGCAGCAGCCGCCGCCGCGUUUGGCCUCCUUCGCCGGCUCCUCCGUCUCCUCUACCUCCGCCGCCGCGCCUUUUUAUCAGGAUGCCCGCCGCUCGGUCUCUGCGUCAACCGCGACCACAAUGAGCUCGGCAUCGCGACAGCUCUCCCUGGGCUCGCAGCAGCUACCCGCGUCCCUAUUCCAGAUCGCGGUCUCCCUGAUUACGCGUCUGCAGACCGUCCCCGGCCUCGAGCUCUACCUCUCGCAGGCGCGCUUCUCCGCCCCGACCGACACGCCUUCAAUGCUUCUCUCUGCGUCCUCGUUCGACUCUGCUGUCACGCCGCAUGCGGGCGCGAGCGAAAAACCGGAGCCGUCGUUUGAGAAGGACUCGAACGACAUCGACCCCGUCACGCAGCUCUGGCGGUUUCUCCGACAGGGCACCUCGCUCUGCGUGCUUUUGAACGAGGUCACGAACGCGCUCAAGCUCAAGGAGAGCAUAGACGACGCAGAAUUAACCGACGACGACAACGACUCCAGCAUUCACACCAGCAUCAACUCUAGAAACAAUCACAGCAACAACAACAACAACAGCGGCAGCAGUAGCAGCAGUAGCAACAGCAGCCGCAACACCACCCUUCACCACUCCGACGAGGACGAGGACGAUGACGACACGUCGACUUUGACAAACGGAUCUUUACUUAUUGUGCCCGACUCUCGGAUCCUGCCUCCGUCACAGCAGGAUUUAAAAACAUGCAAACGCGGCGUGUACGAGUUUGUGCACGCCUGCAAGCUACGUUUGGGAUUUGCGGACGAGGACUUGUUCACGGUAAUGAACGUGUUUUCGGACGACACGACCGACCUGCUCAAAGUGACGCGGACUGUUCAUCUCGUGCUCGAUCUGUGGGACGACGCGACGCAGAGCAGUCCGUCGCCGACGACGGCGGAGGAGAGCACGUCUUCGGUAUCGACGGACUCGCUACCGUCGAAUCACCGAUCAAAAGUCGUGCAAGAGCUACUGCAGACCGAGCGCAGAUACGUACAGGAUCUCGAGCGACUGCAUGUGUAUAUGAAGCAGCUGCAGCAUGAAGAGAUUGUAUCUGCGGACACGAUUCAUUUUCUUUUCCCGAACCUGAACGCGCUCGUCGAUUUCCAGCGAAAGUUCUUGGUCGGUGUAGAGACAAAUGCGCGGAUGCCGCAGUCGCAGCAGCGGUUUGGCGCGCUUUUUCUGUCUGCCGAGCUGGCGUUUGCGGUGUACGAGACGUAUGCGUCGCAGCAGAAGCGCGCUUCGGAUCUGGCGAUUCACGAGGCGCCUAAACUUGCUAAGCUGUCGCAUUUGAUUGAGCCGAGCUAUGAGCUGCCAUCGAUUUUGAUAAAGCCUAUUCAGCGCAUCUGUAAAUAUCCUCUGCUGCUGAAGGAACUAUUGAAAUACUCACCGGAAAGUGAUGAUGGUUAUGCAGAACUAUUGGAUGGAUUUCACGCGAUGAAGCGAGUGACUGAUCGGGUGAAUGAGAAACAAAGACAGACGGAAAACAAGCAAACUGUCGCGUCGCUUUGUGCGCGCAUAGAUGACUGGAAGGGACACAAUAUAGAGUUUUUUGGAGACUUGCUGUACGAUGGAUUAUUCCAGAUGGUGGAUGUGGACAAGGAGUAUCAUAUAUACCUGUUUGAGAACAUUUUGCUGUUUUGCAAAGAGGAGAUGAUUACGAGUCCGUUGUCGAUUGGUGGACGUGCGCCGUCGACGACUACGCUUUCGGGAACAGGCAGCGGAGCCGGGUCGGUGCCGAUGUCUGCGUCUUCGAGUUCAUCGGGGACGAGCACGAAGAAGAAGAAGCACAAUAUGGGCCUGUCGUCGGUGGGAAAGAAGGCUAGUCUGUCUUCGUUCUCGACGGUGUCGAUAUCGCAUCCGUUUUCGUCGUCGUUAGCGACGGGCGGGGGCGGAGCGCUGUAUCUGGAAGGACGGGUGUAUAUCGACAAUGUGAUUGACGUGACGACGUCGAUGACAAAGGUCGAGUAUGGCGAUCCGAUUGCGACGAGCGGGUACCAUCUGACGAUAUACUGGCGAUUCCAGUCCGCCCCGAACGGGCACAGUGCGGACACGCGAGCGGACGCCAACAAGUUUUCGAUUCGAUUCCGCAACGAGGAGAUGCUGCGGCAGUGGGAAGCGACGCUGAGGCAGCUGAUUGAGAGCCGGAAGCAGCAGCGGGCGGCGGAGCAGGCGAAUAUGACUACGCCCACGCUGUCGAAUCCGAACGGGUUUGUGCCGUCGCAUAACCACUCGAACUCGCUGUCAGCGUUUGCGGCGGCGCGCAACCGGCGGCAGUCGGACGAGACGUCGUCGACGGUGUCUACGGCGUCGUCGAACGUGAUGCAGCAUGUGUCGUCUGCGUCGUCAGCGUUGACGCAGCCGGCGGUGGCAGGCGCGGGCGGGCCGUAUGUGGUUGCGGCGGAGACGGGCCCGGCGCGGCCGCCGGGAUCGAUCAAGCUGCGGCUGUCGUUCCACACGGACAGCUAUAUGGUUCUGCUGCCGGCGAACAUGACGUUUUCGGACAUGGUGUCGAAGGUGGAGAAGAAGCUGCGGUUGUGCAACGGGGCCGCGUUUGACGAGAUGGUGGAGACGAAUCUCGCGGCGGGGGUGAGUGGGUGCGGGGGGAUGGGGUAUAGGCUGAAGUACCGGGACGAGGACGGGGACAUGGUUGUGCUCGAGAGCGCGGGGGAUUGGGAGGUUGCGCUGGAGAGCGGAGCGGAGGAGGGGGUGGUGGACAUGUCGAUAUACUGAGUGUUUUUGUUUUUGUUUUUGUUUAUGUUUUUUAUUUUCUGUUCUCUUUUAUUUCUCUUUAUUCACGGGACAGUACACGCACGCACUAGCACUUGUGAAGGGGUUUGGAGUUACAAAACCAUUGAUUAUCAUCAGAAAGAAGUAGACACCGCGUCAGACACGCGUUGAGGGUUAGGCGUAGUAAGCAGGGGCCGGGAGGGUUCGGGUUUUCCCGGCAGCCGCCUGGUCCGCGAGCAGCUGGUUCUUUGG